UAUAAUUUUUACAAUUUAGUUUAGUUCCAAACGGAUAGAGUUACGAACUAGUCUCAUUUCUGCCACUAAAUAUUUUAGUAAGGAACUGAAAAGCAACUCUGGAAGGACAAUAUAUCUUUCAGCAACUUGUUAUUCACCGAUAUAUAGAAGAGACGAGCCAUGAGUAAGUUGCUUGAUUCAACCAUACCCAUCUUCAGUUUGGCGGAUCUACAAAAUGGUACACGCAAAGAAGACUUUCAACGAUGCUUGUCCGAAAAAGGUGUAUUUUACUUAACGGAUCAUGGUAUCCAAGAAUGUGAGUAUCAAAACUUUGAAACGACUACCAUUGAUUUCUUUAGCAACGCCUCGGACCAGGACAGGGUAGAGCUUUCAAACAAAAAUCCCGCUACUCGCAGAGGGUUUUCAGGACUGGAGUCAGAAAGUACGGCCAAGAUAACUGCUACUGGAAGCUACACAGAUUAUUCAAUGUGUUACUCAAUGGGUGUGUCCAACAACGUUUUUCCGUCUACUGCUUUUGAGCAGAUAUGGACGAAACAUUUCAAAAACUUGGAUAAAUUAGCAAAAAUCACUGCUACAGAAGUGUUGCAAUGCAAUUCCGUGCGUGCAACGGACUUUUUGCUUAACUGUGACCCAGUUCUUCGUUUUCGAAGUUUUCCUGAGGUUCCAGAAAAUCGGUGUGCAGAGAAUGAACCAUUGCGAAUGGCUCCACAUUAUGACAUUUCAAUUGUAACACUCAUCAACCAAACGAAAUGCCCCAAUGGAUUCGUUAGUUUGCAGUGUAACAUUGAUGGAGUUUUCGUUGAAUUACCCCCACUUCCGAAUGCAUUUAUUGUGAUGUGUGGUGCAGUAGCAUCAUAUCUUACUGGGGGCCAGGUAAAGGCACCGAUACAUCGGGUUGUUGCUCCUAGUCGUGAGCAGAGAGUAGGAAGUAAUCGUACAUCGAAUGUAUUCUUUCUUCGUCCGGGACGUGAAUUCGAAUUGACAGUUAAAGAAGCAAAAGCUUGUGGACUGAACAUUGAUGCGGAUAGCGUAACAAUCACAUUUCAAGACUGGAUUGGAGGAAAUUAUCGCAAUUUGAAGACAAGUGAAGGAGAAACAGUCUAAUGUUUUCGAGAUUUCUAUG